AUGAAGCUCAUCAUACUAGAUCACUGUUUGCAGGCCAGUGAGUGGGCAGCUAAAUGCAUCAAGAACUGCAUCAUCCAGUUUAAUCCAAGGCCAGACAAAUGCUUAACCAUGGGUCUUCCCACUGGCCUUCCUCGAGACUACUCUGAGAUCUAUCAUUCCUUCAUGUGGAACAACUUCUUUAAGUACAUUGGCAUUGACCCAGGAAAACCCCACAUUCUGAGUGGGAAUGGAGCUGACCUGCAGGCUGAGUGUGACUCCUUUGAAGAGCAGAGCAAGGAUGCUGGUGGGAUUGAACUGUUUGUUGGAGGCAUUGGCUCUAAUGGACACAUCUCUAUCAAUGAGCUGGGCUCCAGUCUGGUGUCUAGGAUCCGUGUGAAGACACUGGCUAUAGACACCAUCCUGGCCAAUGCUCAGUUCUUUCAUGGAGAUCUCGCCAAGGUGCCCACCAUGGCGCUGAUGGUGGGUGUUGGCACUAGCAUGGAAACUAGAGAGGUAAUGAUCCUUAUCACAGGUGUUCACAAAGCAUUCACCUUCCAGCAGCAUCCCCACACCAUCAUUGUUUGUGAUGAGAAGCUACCCUGGAGCUGA